CCACAGGCAGGAAGAGAUGGCAGCGGGAGAGACUCAGCUCUAUGCCAAGGUCUCCAACAAGCUCAAGGGCCACAGCACCCCCUCGCUCCUGGACCCCCUCCUGGCCAUGGGCGUCCCAGCACACACCGCGCUGAAAGCACUGGCGGCCACUGGGAGAAGGACAGUAGAGGAGGCCACCGAGUGGCUGCGCUGUCACAGCAGCGACCCUUCCCUGGACGACCCCAUUCCCCAGGAGUACGCCCUCUUCCUCUGUCCCACGGGGGCCCUGCUGGAGAGACUUCUAGAGUUCUGGAGGGAGAGCAAGCGUCAGUGUGCCAAGAACCGAGCUCACGAGGUCUUCCCCCACGUGACGCUCUGCGACUUCUUCACGUGUGAAGACCAGAAGGUGGAGUGCUUGUACGAAGCUCUGAAGAGAGCUGGGGACAGGGUGCUGAGGGCCUUCCCCACUGCCGUCCCUCUCGUUCUCCACUCGUCCAUCAGCUACCUCGGCUUCUUCAUUAACGACAGCCCUGCAGACACCAUCCGGGAAUUCGCCAUGGCGUUUGCCACUGAAGCAUCCGUCUUGGCAGACUGCUCCGUGAAGCCUUGCACCAAGCAGCUGCAUCUGACCCUGGCCCACAAGUUCUACCCCCACCACCAGAGGACACUGGAGCAGCUGGCCAGAGCCAUCCACCCUGGCCACAGCUGCCAAUGGACGGCAGCCCUGUACUCCCGGGACAUGCGCUUCGUGCACUACCAGACCCUGAAGGCCCUGUUCCAGUACAAGCCUCAGAACGUGGACGAGCUGAUGCUCAGUCCCGGCGACUACAUCUUCGUGGACCCCACUCAGCAGGAGGAAGCCAGCGAAGGUUGGGCCAUUGGGACCUCCCAGAGGACAGGCUGCCGUGGCUUCCUGCCAGAGAACUACACGGAGCGAGCCUACGAGUCUGACACCUGGGUCAAACACAGGACGUACACCUUCGGCCUGGCCAUGGACGUGAAUUCCAGGAAGGACGGGGACUCCAACAGCAGACGAAAUGGGGAAUUCCAUCCUUCUCCAGCGUCGAGGGGUGUCGGCAGCGUGCUAGCUCUGCAGGCCACAAUCUCCAGGAGGAGCGUGCUGGUGGUGCGCCACGGGGAGAGAGUGGACCAGGUCUUCGGGAAGUCGUGGCUGCAGCAGUGCACCACUCCGGAGGGAAAAUACUACAGGCCGGAUCUGAACUUCCCUCGCAGUCUGCCUAGACGGAGCAGCAGCAUCAAAGACUUUGAAAACGACCCUCCGUUGUCAUCCUGUGGAAUUUUCCAAUCCAGACUAGCAGGAGAGGCCCUGAUGGACAGCGGCAUCAGACUCGCGGCGGUCUUCACCUCCCCAGCCCUCCGCUGUGUGCAGACGGCCAGGCACAUCCUGGAAGAACUCAGGUUGGAGAAAAAAAUGAAGAUAAGAGUGGAGCCCGGGAUCUUUGAGUGGAUGAAAUGGGAGGCCAGCAAGAGCACCCCGACCUUCAUGACCUGGCAAGAGCUGAAGGAGGCCAACUUCAACAUGGACCCCGACUACAGGCCUGCGUUUCCCCUCUGCUCCCUCCUGCCUGCAGAGAGCUACGAGGAGUAUGUCAACAGGUGUUCAGUGAGCAUGCGCCAGAUCCUCAGCGCCUGUCCCCAGGACGUGGGCGUCAUCCUAAUCGUGAGCCACGGCUCAGCGCUGGACUCCUGCACCCGGCCCCUGCUCGGGCUGCCACCCCGAGACUGCGCGGACUUUGCCCAGCUGGUGAGGAAGAUCCCGUGUCUGGGAAUGUGCUUCUGUGAAGAGAGCAAAGAGGAAGGGAAGUGGGAACUGGCCCACCCGCCCGUGAGGACGCUGACGCACGGGUCCAACUCAGCCUUCGACUGGAGGAACUGGAUCGCAGGCCACGGAGCCCAGUGAAGCUGUUCACGGGAAGGGGCGGCGUGACCCUGCCACCGGGAAGGCGCCUGAGCCUCGCUGAGCUGCCGCGAGAGCACGGGUGCACUUUAAUAUUCCAGCAUGCUCGCCGCCUGCUUCCACCUCGUAGUGGCCAUCAGGGCCCAGAGCCGACAGCCAGGUUAGAAUGUCACACCAGGUGCACCCGCGGAGGCCUGCGACCGGGACUCCAAAGCUGCACUGGGGCGGGGGACGAGGAACCCUGUGUGUGGGGGCCAGGAAUCGCAGGCGCACGCACGCACUCUGUAGGCUCUUCCUGGUCCAGUUCCCACCACGUUCCCUCGUCUGUCCAUCGCUCUUUGUCCAUGUGCACACCAGCGAAGAGGUCUGUGAGUCAACAACGCGGUACAGGGACCCGUCCACGCAGUCAAGGCAGGAACUGCCGCUGGGCGGCGACACCUCCCCUGUCAGUGUUCUGUUGCUGCUGCAGUAAAUGACCACUAGCAUAGUGGUAGUGGAAACAACGCCCAAAUUUUACCAUGAACUUGUUCUCUUACAGUUCUGGAGGUCAGAAGGGGUCGGUAGUUGUCGGGGUCGGGAGACUUGGGAGUGUCAUCUCCUGCCUCUUCCAGCAGCCAGAGGCCAGCAGCACAGCAAUCCCGGAUCUCUGUCCCCUUGCCUCGGUCCCAAGCCUCCUGCCUCUCUCACAAGUGCCCUGUGAUGUCCCUGAGCCCUCCCAAUAAUCCAGGAUCCUCUCUCAUCUCGAGAUCCUCAGCCACACUUUUUACCAUGGAAAGUCACAUGUCCACAGUUGCAGGGAUUGAGACGUGCAUGUCUUUGGGGUCUCUCUUCAGCCUGCCGCAGCCCUGUCCUUCCAAGCACGUCAGGCUGCUUAUACACGGGUCUGCAGGGAAGGAAUGGAGACACCCUCUUGCUGUAGGUCUUUCUUAGUUUCCCCUUUUUCUGGCUCUGAUCAAGUGGAGAGAGGGUGGGGACUUUGCAGAGGGAAGAGUGGGUUCCUCUGACUUAAUGGGAAUCAAGAGAAAGGCCACUAGCAGAGGGAAGCCUGCCCUUUGAUGGCAUAAACCCCACGGUGGCUCUGCCUUUGAAGAAGGUGAUCAGCAGAGGAUGGGUGUCCCCACUAGUGUCCCCCAACUCCUCACAAGCCACACCUGUCCGCACAGCCCAUGCACAAGGUCCUAAACUACAGGCAAAAGUCCUGCCAAGAUGCAGUGAAAACCAGAGAGCCUUCUUCUCCAGAGACCCUUUCACUGCUGCAUGAGGGGCCGUGGCGACCCGCGACCAGCCUUUCACAGAACAAACAGGCUGCGCGAGAAGUGCCAGCUGUGCCCCUUCGCCUCCUGCCAUCGCCCAGGUGAGCUGGAGCAAGUAACAAAGGGUUCUCAAGAAAUGAAGAUGGCAAACGCCCCAAGGCCGUCAGAACCCUGUCCUGAUGACGGAGGCCACACCUACUAACGGGGCUUGCCGUCUGGUCCGGCGCCCUCCCAAGAGAACCAUACGCCGGGUUGCCCAGUUUUAUUUUACUAAUGACUUAUUUUUUCUGCAUCCAAACAUAAAGACGUUUGGGGAUGCCACCGCAGCAGAGAGCCAAGACCCAGCACAGCCUCUGCUGGGUGCACCUGUGUCCACUCUGCAUGGCAGAGAUGAGGGGAAGCAACCCCAGAAGUGCCGGCAGAUCCUGACGGGAGACAAUGGGCUCAGGUGGGGCAGGCGGGAGCCCCUCCUGCUGUCAAGCCACCCUGCCCGCAGCUCUGGGACACUGCUCGUCCCCACACAGGGUGUGGAGGACAGCCACCUCCUGGUGUCCUCCCCUGGAGCCUGCUGCCACACUACCAGCCGUGACACAAGCAAGGAGUACAUCAGGUGGGCACAGUUCAAACCGUGGUCACAGCACAGGCUGGUCUACACUGCGUCCCUGGACUCAGCUCCAGGGUGAGGCUUGGCAUCCCCAGGCCCUGCCUGGUUCCAGGAUCGGAAUGAUCAUGGUGUGGGUGCUGCUGACCCGUUUGCAAGGGAGAAGGGCAGACGGGGGUCUCAGCUCCCCCGUCCAGCGUGCAGGAAACACCUGUCCUUCCUUUUCUACCAUUCUGGGUCUAGCCAGACCCCAGUUGGGUCAUUUUUCAGAAGGAAUGACUCAUGGCCAAGACGGAGUUCCAGAGCCCAGACUGCACUGGAAAAGGGCAGAGGCGAAAAGCCCGUGGAAGCUUCUCAUUCUGCAGGGCCAGUGCUCAACUAAGACCUGACGGGGCCGGGACGCUCCUCCGCACGCUUCACUCUUUCCUCUCCCUGGGUCAGGCCUCGUGUUUCUGAGCCUCGGCUGACCCCUGCUGGCACCCUCUGGGAAUGGACAGGUUACCAUGGACCCUCGGCUCUGUCCCCACCCACAUUCUCCUUUCCACUCUGCACCUGUGCACUGGAGACACCAGCCCGGGGAUGAUGGGCACCCGAUGCUGGGCAUAUGGGACCUAGUUCUUACACACCUGGCUCUGGAAAAGCAGAGGAGUAGCUGGAGGAGGAGGAGGCGGAGGAGGAGGCAAGGCCAGCCUCAGCUGGGCAGCAGAGCCAGUGUCUGCUCUCCAGGAUGCACCCUGCGACAAUGAAGAGUCGAGGCCAGGCCUGAGGCCACCAAUCCAGGCCUGGACCCCCCAGCAACUACUGCCUGCGUCUAAGAAGAAAGAACCAUCAUGCUUUUCCUCCAGAGAAAGUCUCGUUUUAGAAUCAAUUUUGAGAUUUUUAGACAGGCUUCAUGUUCAUGUUGGUACAUGUUUGGGCUGUGUCCCUGCCCCCGAAUCAAAAGUUCUGCAAGGGUCAGAGGUCAAAGGGAAAAAAGUGACCUUAUGAGUAUACAGCCAGAAAGUCGGAGACCCCCGUGUCCCUGCGAGUGGCUGGGAGGAACCGGGGUGGCCACAGGAGCUGCUGAGAUCCAGUUUGGUCGUGGGCUGAGUAGUGUCCCCUGAAGACCCUCUGAAGCCCUGGCCUCAGGACUGUGCGUGGCAGCAUGUCUCUGAAGCAGUAGUCGAGUUCAAGGGGCUGUCGGUGUGGGCCCAGCCCCCACCUCCGUACCCUUCUAAGAAGAGUAUAUUAGGUCACGGCACACCAGAGGGCCCACCCGUGGGGACACAGGGCGUCCAAGUCAAGGAGAGGGUCACCAGAGCGUCCAGGUCAAGGAGGGGGUCACCAGAGCGUCCAGGUCAAGAAGGGGGUCACCAGAGUGUCCAGGUCAAGGAGAGGGAUCACCAGAGCGUCCAGGUCAAGGAGAGGGGUCACCAGAGCAUCCAGGUCAAGGAGAGGGUCACCAGAGUGUCCAGGUCAAGGAGAGGGAUCACCAGAGUGUCCAGGUCAAGAAGGGGGUCACCAGAGUGUCCAGGUCAAGGAGAGGGGUCACCAGAGUGUCCAGGUCAAGGAGAGGGGUCACCAGAGUGUCCAGGUCAAGGAGAGGGAUCACCAGAGUGUCCAGGUCAAGGAGAGGGAUCACCAGAGCGUCCAGGUCAAGGAGAGGGGUCACCAGAGCGUCCAGGUCAAGGAGAGGGGUCAGGAGAAGCCAGCCUGAGACACCUCGGUCUGGCAGUUGACCUCAGGACACGGGAGAAUCACCCAGGCCAUGCUGGCACGUGGCCCCAGGAAGCUAGCACAGCACGUAGACCCCAAGCUGCGUGACCCCCAGGGUCUGAGCACUGCCCAGGCCAGGCAGGUCAGCACAAGGUCAGCGUGAGGCCAGCACGAGCAUCCAAGGAGCUGCACCAUCGCCACAGCGCCGCCUCGUGGUGAUCCUGUGGGUCACAUGGGUGAUCUGGAGCAGACAGAAGACGGGAGGUCACAUGCAAAUACCACACUCUCCUACACAAUGGGCUGGAGCAUCCAGGAUUUCGGUAUCCACAGCAGCCUGGACUGUCCCCAGAGGACGGCAACUGUCAGGGCCUGGACCCGGAUGUGAGCUGGGAACCUCUGUGGAGCUGUGGUCCCAGGACCAGGGGAGAAGUCACUUCCAGGCACAGGAAGACUCAGAUCUGGCCGCAUGGCCGGUGCUGCUGUUCAGCUAGAAAACUCUGAGGCGAGCCCAGACUGCCAGCUACUCUGUGACCCAGGUGAGUUUCUGAACUCUCUAAACCAGUUUUCUCGUCCACAAAAUGGACGAUUGUCUGUACCUUCUCAUAGGACAGCUGUGAGGUGACGGUCACCAACGCAGGCUGGAGCAGACACCUUGGUCUGCACUGGUCACUCUGCCACUCUUCAUUUGACAGCUGGGACCACUCAGAAGAGCACUGGAGUGAGUCUUGGUCUCUCCUCCACCUGGCCUCCACCUGGGACGGAGGCAGGCUGUCCAGGGAUACAAGAGAGUGCCAUACUUUCUGUGAAGAAAGAAGGCAGCAGGACCGGGGACUUACGAAAAAUGGCUUCAAUGAAUUUUUCUCUGUUCUUGGAUGCAAAAAAUCAUGUGAAGAGAUAAAAGAAGACUGGAAUACGGCUCAGUGGUAGCGGCUUGCCUAGCAUGCACAGACCCUGGCUCCAUCCCAGCAACACAAGCCAAAAAAAAAAAAAAGGUAAAACAGUCAUUUUGUAGUAAUUAGAAAUUCAGGGUAUUUUUUGAAAGAGAAGCAAUUCAAAACAUGACUCCUGAAAAAAGCCAGAUGCCAAAUAACAGCCUUUACAGAAUGCUUUGCUCUUUUCUCAAAUCCUGUCUUUCCGGCAUUGCUUCUGACGCCUUGUGAGGCGAGAAGAGCCAGGGAUGCCGUCAGUGCUGGGGACGGAAUACGCGCCGGGGGCAGCCGGGGCCAGGCGGGAGGGCGGCAGCUAGGGAAGGACGCGGAUGAACUGGGCCACCCGUACCGCCUGGAGCUGCCUGAGCUGCACCAACACGCAUCCCCGUGCCGAGAGCUGGAGGAAAGGGGAGUGAGGGGCGCGCUGAGCUCACCGCAGUCUCUGCAGGAAGCAGUUUCCAAACCAGUUAGGGGCCUGAACAGAGCCCCAAGAUCUCGAGGUCUCGCGGACUCAAAGGGACAAAGAGGUGUCAGGGUAUGGGUGGCAGCUAGAAAUUGCAGGACAGAGUACCCAAGAGAAGGGUGCUCCUGAGAAAGAGACCUAGAAAGGACACGGCAGUCCCUUGGGCCUCUGGCUGAGACAGAUCUGAGGCUGAGCAGGUGAGGCCAGCACAGGCCAGGUGGAAAGCCACACAGACCAUGGGGCACAGAGAUCAGCGGUCCCCAGACCCACAGCAGCGAUGAGGGCCACACUACUCUGUCUUCACAGGUCAGCAUUUGAAUAACUUGCUCCUCUUCUCAGCCAUUGGAGCGUCGGCUGGGAAUGACCCUUACCAGGUCCCACAAUCCAGGAGCCGGGUGCCUCAGUGGCAGCAGAAGCUCCAGGUGGGCUAUUCCCUGGGCCCCCAGCCCCUUCCUCUCCCAUGGGCCACACCCCUUUCACUGUGUUCCUGUCCAUGGACACACACAUACCCUGCCGUGAUGUCAUAGGGCUGCAGUGCGAGGGGCCCCUGCCCCUACCAGAGUUCAACUCCAAGCGGGGUCUUGGUUCCUCGCCCCGUUCCAUAACGUGGUCAUAUAAAACAGCAAAAUAACCCCCUGAGUGUAAUUGCAUGUGAUAUUAUUUAGGUAGUUGUUUUAUUGUGGUGAUAAAACUAAUACAGCCCAGUUAUAACACAUUUUAUUAUGUUGAUAUAUCAUGUAAUUUGUCAAAGUUCAUAACUUGGUGGCAUUUAUGUAAAACAUCUAUAUUGUAUUUAUAAAAGGCAGUAAAAUUCAGUAGCU